GUAAUGGUACAGUCCACCGACGUCCUGCGCGGGAGCGGAAAACGUGUAUCCGUCUGUGUUUUCCUGGUGAAAAUUUGAGCCUCGACAACAGUAAUACUGAGUACAAGGAGUAUCUCAACUCUCACAGAAAGGUCGAAACGAGGUAAAGGUCAGCCAGGUCUGAGUUGUUGUACUUUGGGUUGCACGAAAAAAAGCUACAUGCUAGUUAGCAGUGUGUUUGUGGAUGAAGCUUCAGGUCUCAUCUUGUUCACGCAUGUUCACGCAGCUUUAAGAAGAAUCUGUGAGGUUAGCAGGAGUGUAUUCAGUGUUUGAGUAUUGUGCAAUGUCAUGUGUGUCGGACUGGAAGUGACUGUCAUGUUUGAAUGAAGCUCAAACUUCAGAGGCUGUUGGUUGUUAGGGGGAGGGGCACGUGUUUUUAUCACGUCCAUGCAGCUGCAUCUCAACAAGAGUAUGAAGAAAAGCCGUGCACGAUAAAUUCAAGAUUUUGGUUCAAUUUUCCUUUUACAGCUUGAUCAUACGUCCAGCAUGGCUCGAGAUUGGAAACCUGGUGAUCUAAUCUUUGCAAAGAUGAAGGGAUAUCCACACUGGCCUGCAAGAGUAAGUAUUACCUUCUAUAGUAGACACAGGUGUCAAACUCAAGGCCCAGGGGCCAAAUCUGGCCCGUGGAACAUAUUUCCUCCAGUAUAAUAAUGUAAACUUUAGCACCAUUAUUUGAAAUGUCCCUAAUAAGCCACGAAAAUCUGGGAAGUUAAAGAGUAAGAAAGAUUUGAUAAAUAGUCAAGAAUGUGGGGAAAAAUAUUUGUUUUAUUUCAUGUUUUCAAUUUUGCAUUUUAAGGUAACAAGUCAAACAUGAUUGGAUUUUUUAUUUAAUGCUUUGAUUUUGUUCAACUCACUAUUUAGAUUAAUUUCAUUUUUAUACUUUAGAUUCCAGUUUUAAAUUUUAAGUCAUAUUUUGACCUUUAAAUCUGAUUUCAAUGUUCUCCUCAUGUAUUUGCUCUUUAAAAGCAUUAUUGUACUAUUUUUAAUAUCAUGCUCUGAUCUUUUGAACUAGUAAAUAAAAAUAGAAUAAAAGAUUAAAUUUUUUCUAUCUUUUUAUUAUAUCUGAAUUUCCAAAUGAUUUAUAGUCUUUGCUAUUUUUGUUACAUAUUUUUUGAAAAGGAGGUUGACAGUUUUGGUGAAACGUUGACCCUCUUUAGCCCUCAGGUUAGACCUAAAUCCAGAUUAUGGCCCUUGCUGUGGUUGAGUUUGAUACCCCUGGUAUAUAGAGUUAAAAAAUAAUCAUGAAAUAAGGCUUUCUUCACGUCAAGUUUCAAGUAUAAACACCCACCAUCUAAAAGACAGAUAUAAAAUCAUAACCACCUUUGCAUUUUUUUUUUAGAUGUAGAAAAAAAAAAAUCCAUGACCUGCUCUGUGAUGCGGCAUGGUAACGUGCACAUAAGAAAGCGGUCAAGAUGCCAAAAAACCUUUAAAUAAUAUUUAAGUAAGCAAAAAAGUAAAGACAUUCUUUAGCUUUUAGUUGCUGUUACAGUUUCAGCUCUGAAUAUAUUUUUCCAAUUCCUUUACCAGAUCGAUGAAGUCCCUGAUGGAGCUGUUAAACCAUCCAAUAUCAAGUUCCCCAUCUUCUUCUUUGGUACCCAUGAAACGUAAGUUACCUGCUGUGUAUCCUCUUUUGUUUUUCCAACUGUUAAAUGGUAAAUGUAAAUCAAUCAGGUAAAACUGAUGCACAGAAAUGUGGUUACUUAUGUACUGGCUUGAAGCUGUCUGAAAGAUGACCCUGGUCAGGUGCCGUCCAUGUCAAAGCUUACAGGUAGUGAUACAAUAUGUGUAAAAGAGAUGUAAUGCUAAUAUACUGAUCUUAAAAAUCAUCCAAAGAUGUAAAUUGCUUCAAUGAAAGAAUAUUUAUCCAUUUUUGUCUGUUUAGCCUUUUUGCAGCUUAUUUUUAAACUCUGCGCUGUGUUUUAAGUGUUAACUUUCAGUACAUGAAUAUUAGAUGAGCAGUUGAAUAGAGUUACCUGUCUUUCCAGUCCUGUAAUCACACACUGCAUAUUUAAUGCUUCACCAAGUAAUUAGUGGACAAAUGUUGUCCUUUUCUUUUCCACACAGAGCCUUUCUAGGCCCAAAAGACAUCUUUCCAUACCUGCAGAACAAAGAGAAGUAUGCAAAGCCCAACAAGAGGAAAGGGUUCAAUGAAGGGCUGUGGGAGAUCGAAAACAAUCCAAAAGUUGAGCUCACUGCACCAAAGGUACAACGUCCCCUUCACUCCCCCUAUAUGUAUUUUAUAUUUUCACUAGGAAAUAAAAUCUGUCAUAGAUUUAAGGUUUUUAAAAUUUUUGAUAUUUUGUUUUUAUGUGUCAUUUGUUUGUUUCUUUAUUUGAAGCCGGUCCCUCCUGCAUCUUUCACUGAAAAGGAUUCAGACAGCGGUCCAGAGGGAGAGGAGGAAGCAGACAACAAGGGGGUUAAAUCCAAAGUAAGUGUGUGCUCUUCAAAUCUGUAAGUAAAUCUCAGUUGCUUUACUGCAUUGAAAUGUGACUGGUUUGUCCCCGUGUUGUGAGCUUCCUCUUCUUUUGCUACUUUUCUUCUAAUCCUUCUCUAAUGUGUGUCUUCUGCAUUAAUCUACAUACUCAUGAAGGCAGUAGUUAAACCAAAUAACCAUGUCAUAGCGUUUCAUAGAUUGAUCGGCUUGUAUGCUAAGAGUAGUACAUGGAACACAGGGAUACUGGUUAACUUUUCUCCCCUCAAGACUCGUUGACUCCCACCACACUGCGUCCUAUGCUGUGUCUUGGGUACAUUCAGGUUCCAGGAAGUGAGACUGAGCAGGAGAAUGAGAAAGGGCAGGAGGUGGAGGAGGAUGAGGAGGAGGAGGAGGAGGAGGAAGGGUCUCUGAGCACUGAGCAGGGUCCUCAGAACCAGGAUGUACGUACUUUUGCAUGUUGGGAUCCCCUAAAGCUUCCCCUUCCCGUGGGAAAGCAUGUGACACUGUGAUUUUUUUGAUGGAUGGUCUGUUUCUGUCAAAUCAAAAAAACUUGUGUUAAUGAGAGCACCUUGUCUGGGUUUGCUGUAAUGAGGACACAAAGGUGAAAACUGAUUUAAGAAUCAAACUGACCCUGUUUCAUCACUUGAGGUUGAGACGAUCACAUUGGGGAGCACUUAGGUCUCUGAUUUGGGAACAUAACUUACUUAAAUAAUCUGAAAGUGUGUUUUCUGUUUCUCCUCCCUCACUACUCACAUUUCAUGUGUCUGUUUCCUGCUUUUCACACUUUUACCAAACCACUGUUUACAAUCAGUUGAUGUGACUUUAUUUUUGCAUGGCUGUCUGUAUGCUUUGGAGAAAGGUAAGUCGUGACCCGCUGUGUGUCUGUGUGUACUUGUCUGAGGGUUAGAAUAUUUUAUGAAGCAUUUCUGCUGCUGUUUCUGUGAUAUAAAACAGACUCUGCAAACUUAGUUUCAUCCAAUGUGGCCUGCUGGUAUAACAACAAGGCAUGUGUGCGUUUAUUAGACUUACAGCGAAACAUCACCCUCACAACACUAGAAUUUCAUAUCAGUAAAACAAAUAACUUCAAUAUUUGUAACUGUUAGGGUCUACUAUUUGGGUGUUAACAAGCGCAGACUUUAGAUGGUGUCUCUUAGAGUUGCGAGGUGUACAGUAUUUUAAUCCCAGUUGUACGUCGGCUGUCCCGAGAGAAAAUGGAAUAGAUCCAUUUGUUUGGAGCAAAGAGACAGCAGCACAGACAUGAAGACACUUCCUCCUUCAUUGAACUUUUAUUUUACUUCAAUGUUUAACAGUAGAAUAGAUAAAGAAGUAGUUAACUGCAGUACUUAUUUUACAUUAACUGUAAAUGAGGAUUGAGCAGUUUCCGAAACAGUAAAACAUCAUUUUAGUUUUUUUGAUUAAAUUCAAAAAUGCAACUUUUGUGAUUCCUGCUCAGCUAAAGCCGAAUAUCCUUGUAUUGGCAUGUUAAUAUGUAACAGAGGAUAUUGUGUAUACAAAGCACAGAUGGUUAAAAAUCUUAGACACUGGCUUUUUAAUUUUAACUCAGUAUAAUAUCAUAAAUAUCCACUAGAUGGUGCUGUUGAUCAAUACAAAUUUCAAAGAGAGUAAUAGAAUCAUCCAAUAUGGACUGACUAUACGAAGAGAUGUCCACUUGUAUAGGCUACCUGCUUGGAGAACUUCUUUCUAAUAUGUGACGAUAUAAUAUCCAGUUUGCAUUGGUUUAUGUUUUUUGAUUAACUAAAGGUUUCGCAUUUUAGGGCCCGACUCAGAAAGAACCCACAGAUGUUCCUAAACCCAAGAGAGGAAGAAAGAAAAAGGUCAGUGGACUUAAAUGUCCUUUUAAACUUUAACCAAGUCCUUCAUUUAGAAUGAUAUAAAUAUAAAGAAAACUGUGUGUUUGAUUCAGAUUUUGUGCUUGUUUUCUAGAGUGAAGCCGAUCAGGAGACUGAGAAAGAGGAUGUUCCCGCUAGUCCUGCUAGUCCCACAGGUAAGAACUGAAAGUUGAGGCUCGUUCAUCUGACUACUAUGUGAAGGUGAAGAGACAGGUACUGAUAAACUUGAGAUUGAUGUAAACAUGAACAAUGAAUAAAAGCGAAUCGUGAUCAUAAAGCUCUGAGGAGCAGAAACAGCUGUGAGUAAAAAUCUGUAGCGGUCUCUCUUCCUGAACAAAGUGUGCUGAUCGGGUUUCUGUGUAUGGUGUGGUUUUGUGUCUUUGUGAUCAGGUGCAGAAGUCCCUAAAAAAAGAGGCAGGAAGCCGAAGAGUGAGAAGAUGCUUUUGCUCCAGCAGCAGGAACAGCAAGGCUCAGGAAGUGAAAUGUAACUUGAACAAAACAAACACACAACAUCAAUAGUUUCAAUUCAAAAAUUUCACUCAUAAAAUUCAAGAUGCAGCGAACAACUAAACGUCUCAUAUACUUGUUCCUAUAAAAAGCUGCCAUUAAAAUGAAGUUUAACUGAUUCUUAACCUUUUCCUUUAUACUUCAGUGUGCAGAGAUACGUAGUCUUGACUUUUCUUGGACUUAAAUAGACUUUCCUUCUUACCUUUAGGGACACUGCUGAAUCAGACAGAAAGAGAAAGAGGGCAACAGAGGACAAGACAAAGAGCGCCGAAGAGGAGAAGAGAAAGAAGGAGGAGAGCAAAGGAAAGGAUGCAGAAGGGAAGGAGCCUGAAGCCAAGAAGAAGAAGCAGUCCAAGGAUGAGGGCGCAUCGGGUUCUGACGAUGAAGAGGUAUGCCAUGUGUUACCUCAGAGAGUUCGAGUGGAGUUGGUCGAUGUGAAAAACUUCCUUUGGUUCUGUAAAAACUUGAGCUUUCUGUUUGAUACUUUCAUGUAAAUCAUUUCUUAUAGAAAAACAAGGGCAGGAAAAAAAACCAAAACUCAGAAACGGACAAAGAUGUGCGGCGGAGGAAAGCAGAUGAACAGAGAGAGUAUGUAUUCUGUACAAAUCCUGGAACAUCAUAUAACGUUCCCAUAAUUUUCAUUCCUGGUUUGACAUCCAGACUGAAACCAGGGACCAUUAAAUAUCUUAUUAUUUUACCCAAAAAACCUCGAGUUCAAGAGAGAGUGACAAUUCAGUUUUACUUAAAAUAUUACUUAAACGUUAAAUGAAUGACACGAAUAAAUUAAGUUCAGUCACAUGGAGAUUGAAAAGAUUUCUUACAUCAUGUUGUUAUUUUGUUUUGCAGGACAAACAAGGAUGAUGGGAAGAAAAGUGAAGAGAGGACAGGAGUUAAGAAAAAGGGUGAGAGCUUCAGGUCAAAGACGAGCAUGAAAAUGGCCAUCAGUAAACUUCUGAGAUUAACAUCCAAACAAGAAUAGAGAUUUUUGAUAAUAAGAAAAUGUUAUGAGCAAGUAGAUAUUGUCCAGUUUACACCUGAUUGGAUUUGUGUUGGAAAUGGUUACACAGGAUAAAGCAUGGGCAUGUUUCCUUUUCCACAGAGAUAUCAACAGACUCCAAACUCCAGAAACUGCACAGUGAAAUCAAGAUUUCACUGAAAAUUGACAACCCUGUAAGUUUAAUUCACCACUCUAUUUAUCAGUGCAUCAUAGCUGCUGUAUAGCUACAGUUUAUCUCCUUCCACUGACAGCUCUGUAAAUCCAUUCAUCUUCCUCUUGACGGCCUGAGCUCACAAAUCCUGGUACAGAGUGUGCUCACUGUCGUUGAUCUACCUCAUGUUGUUUGUUACACAGUGUUGACCACCAAAGAAAGUUCCAGGACACACAUGUGUGUGUACCACUCUUAAGAGUAAAUUUCUUCUUGUCAACCAAAGAAAAAUGGUUGACACUGUUGCUAAGCUCGAUAGUUGACUCCACUCAAGUCUUUUUGUCCCAGAUAUUUCUUCUAGGUUGGACAAACUUGACAGAAAGACACACUGUGAUGCCAGUUCGAUUCAGCUGCUAACUGUGUUGUAAAUUAUGUUAAGUGUAUGUGGGUCAGGCCUUAUAGCUUCAUGAAGCAUACAGUAAUCAGUGCAGUAUAUAAUAAGAGGACUCAUUAUGUGUUAUGAACAAGAUGAACAGCCAUGAAAUCAGGCCAAGUCACUUCAGUAAAACCUAGAACAGGAGACAGCCACACAUUCACAACUUUGAAGACACAUGAUGGUAAGGUCGUCAGUGAGCUUGCUCCUGCACUGCCGGGUAAGUGAGCCCUUUUCCUUUGUCUAAGACUCCAGUACACACUUCUGGCGUCCCAACAGCCCAACAUCCAUCCUGUACUUUCUGGUUUUAUCUUUUUAAACCAUGUACUCUUCAGUCAAAGUGUAAUAACUAAUUAACCUAUCAAAAAAAAGAUCCUCAGAUACAUGUCUAUGACUUCUGAUAGAAGUAAGACUUCGACGUCAAUCAUUCAGACUUUAUUUGCAUAGCGCUUUUCAUACAAAGAGAUGGAGCACAAAUGGCUUUACAUGAACAGAAAAUCAUUAAAAUCAUUCUGAACCCUGAAUUAUUAAAGUUCUAAGGCAAGCAGGCAAGUAAAAAAAGAAACAAAAUGAUAAUGAUGAAAAAUACAUACAGUAUAUACUAAAUACAUAUAUAAUACAUGUAUGCAUAUAUAUAUAUAUAUAUAUAUAUAUAUAUAUAUAUAUAUAUAUAUAUAUAUAUAUAUAUAUAUACCAAUAAACUAAUAUAAAUGAAUAUAUACGUGUGUUGACACAAUAAAAAUAAAUAAAAUUUAAACAGCACACUAUAGACAGCGUUGAUAGACUAACAAAACACUAAAAUCUAAAUAAUGAUUAACACAUAACCAUAAAAAGAAUACUAGAUUGGAGAAUAAAACACUUAAGGACAAAACAUUAGAAAGUCAGACAAAAAUAAUGAAACUGAAUAAGAAGAGGAUUAAGAUCAGUAUAAAAUGUUAAAACUCGGAUAAGUAUUCAAAUAUGUAAAUAGUAAACUCAGUUAAAAGCUAAACUAAACAGGUAGGUUUUAAGUUUGGAAUAAAAAAGAUGGAGACUGUGCCGUCUUCAGGUCGGCUUUUCCACAGACCACUGCGACCACGACCUGAAGACUUGAGGGAUCUCACAGGCUGAUGAUGAAAACAAAUCUGAUAAAUAAAUUAGUGCGAGACCUUUAAGAGCUUAAAAAACCAAUGAAAGAACCUUUAAAAUCAAUUCUUAAAGAUACUGGAAGCCAAUGCAGAGACUCUAAAAUGAUUUGUAAUGUGGGCUUUCUUUCUAGUCUUUGUCAGCAUCCUUGCAGCUGGAUUACAUGGAUUGAAAGACAGUGUUUGGAGAUUUUGCUCUGUUUCUUCUGCCCCACAUUUAGGAUGUGAAGAAGUGCUUGGAUGCUUUAGACGAGAUCGGCGCCCUUCAAGUUACAACCCAGCACCUGCACAAACACAGUGAACUCAUUGCCACGCUCAGAAAGGUAAACUCACUCAUUCAAGUUUCAUUCAAAGCAGCUGUGAGCCGAGACUGAAUAUAUAAGACUGCAGAUACAGGCAGCUGGAAUGAGUUUCCUCUGAGGGGUGUCUGAUCUCAGCCUCACAGAGAAGGUCAGCAGGCUCAGAUGUUGAGAGAGAGCUCAUUACCCCUUUGCAUCGAAAGAGCCAGUUGAGAUGGUCAGGGCAUCUGAUUCGGAUGCCUCCAGGACGCCUCUUUUUAGAGGUUUUUCAGGUGCAAUCAGCUGGGAAGAGGCCUUAGGGGGUACCCAGAGCUUGCUGAAGGGAUUUCAUAUCCCAUUCGGCCUGGGAACACCUCUGAAUUAACCUCUGGAGAAAGUAGAAAACACUGAUGGGAAGAAGGAUGCCUGGGUUGACCUGCUGCUACUGCCCUGCGACCCAACCCUUGAUGAGUGGGACUGGAUGGAUGGAUGGAUGGAUGAAACUACAUCAGAAUGUGUCUCUAAAUGUGUGAAUUUGUUUCCUGCACACCCUAGAUUCGCAGGUUCAAAGCCAGCCAGGACAUCAUGGACAAGGCCACCAUGCUGUAUAACAAGUUCAAGAGUAUGUUCCUGGUCGGGGAGGGAGACUGUGUGCUCAGUCAGGUGCUCAACAAGUCCUUAGCUGAGCAGCGGCAGCAUGAGGAGGCCAAGAAAGGAGCCCUGAAGAAAGUGGAACAAGCCAAGGAAAACAACCCAGGUACUAUUUAUCAGAAGAUUUUCAACUUGAAACCCCACAUAACACCAACUGAUAUGAGAAAACAGUCUAGAAACAUGACCCAGGACAUACUGUCGUUUUUAAAUAGGCAUGCCAGAAAUAAAUGUAGGCACUGUUUUUUUCACAGGAAAAAUAAGAGCGGACAAAAACACGCUGUAGUCCAAUAACAAAGUGUACAUGUUUUGCACUUGGCUUCCUAUAAAUGAGUUAUUCUGAAGAUGCCACAGUGGUUUUAUGCUACAUCCUCUGUGGACGUUUAAGGGUAACUGUGACCAGGAAGACUAAAUUGACCGGGUUCAAAAUGUGAGAUGAGGUGAGGGGAGCUACAGCCUGUGACAAAUGAGGCUGUGAUGAGACUACAUUUCUGUUCUGUGUACAAAUGAGAUUUGAAUAAUAUUCUGUACGAAAUAUAUUUACAUUUUCUAUUUGACUUCUGAUCCUAAAAAUAGUUUUCUACACAGGAGUGAUUAAUGUCAAAUAUUCUUGACAUUGUGUGCCAACACUGCUUUGAGUAAUUGCGUUAAAUUUCCUGUCCUCUGCGGUUAUCCUCUUGCUCUUCCGUUCAUUACAAAAGUUUGUUUAUCAACUUUGUCAAACUCUUAAUUCUGCUAAAUCGUUCACAGAAAUCUACAUUCUGUCGUUUCAUAAUAGUAGAGACAGCUUCUGUGAAUAAAAAAACGGCCUCUCUGGAAACAGUCAUGAUUACAGUCAGGGCGACUGUAUCUAAUCAUAGAAAUUCACAGAGGACAAUUUGGGAAGUCUGACGCCACUCCAUUCACAUAUCGAGCAGUCAAAGAGCCUGCUGGCAGCGUUGCAAAAGAAGCUGAAAGACACUUAGUCCCCAAUGACAGAAACCAACGAAAACCUGGAGAAAAAAAAAAAAAAACCAACAAUCCAGGAAACGACACAGUUCAAAAAGACAGUUAUACAACAGGGAGAUGAUUCAAGCCUCACUGUAAACUUUUGUCUCUUCAAUAGAAAUGAUCAAACAGCCAUGUCGACUCACUUUGAAGUCUGUAAAGAAUCAAGCAGCGUCAAUCUACUGCAUCACUAAAGGAUAGCCGCAACAUGCGCUCAAUGAGCAGCCAUGAUGUCAUCACAGAUAAAGAGAUUUUUCAUCCGACAUGCAGUUAAUUCUUGACUCGUCCCGGAAGUUUCAAAGCGUCGAGGAAUGUUAAAGGGUGAAGUUUAAAUCUGUUGCCUUCAGCUUUAUUUUGUACGUCAUCUUCACACACCACUACAAAUCUUUUUAAGAGGUUAAAUUCGUAACAUUACGUAACUCGGGGUCUUAAAAGGAGUAAGCAGAGUAAGCACAGGGUCAACCAUACACUACAGUUCACUGGCAGGUGUCCUUAACAAGUCGGUUUGGUAACAAAACUGUAUUUAGUCAGUAAGUGCUCACAAAAAGUACAGAAGUCAAAAAACAAGACCAACAGCAGAGACCAUAAUUCAGUCCACAUCUCUGUGCUCUAACUUUUAAAAACUAAGAACGAAGAAGAAAGAAAAUGAAGAUCUGUUGCAGGAGUUCCUCCUCCUUAGUUGGGUCACAAAGUGAGAUUCUGUGACCAUCCUCCGGCUAUUUUCACAAUAUCUAUAUGUGGAACAGAGUCAAACAAAUUGGGGGUUACCCAGUUCAAAUAUGAUUGUUUUGGGGGGUCAAGUCCUGAAGGUUGAGAAUCACAGUACUAGAUGGCAGCCAUCUUGAAUAUCGCGGUCAAAACAAAGUUGUAUGAUUAAAACUAUGUCAGAUUUGGAAUCCUCAUGCUUGACUUGUAUGGAAAAGUGCCUUCAUACAUUAUUCUAGGUCAUCCAGAUCAAAAGUUAAUUUUUAGAGAUGGCGCCUGCCGCCAUCUUGAAUUUAGCUGUCUAGCAAAAAAUGCUGGGAUUUUUGCGAGGGACCUGGGGGCUAAAUCUUUUCUAAAGGGUCCAUAGAGGUCAAAUCAAUUGUCAAAACAUCCUUGCCAGAGGAUGGUCACAGAAUCUCACUUUGUGACCCAACUACCUUGUCUGUACCCUGUGCUCUUACUCUUCUUAGGUCUCAACUACAGACAUUUCUUCCCGAAACAGCAUUCUUAGGUGUGUGGACCACAUUUUUACCCUUUAACUGAUGUUUUCAUUUGAUUGAACCUUCGAGCAAACUUCCUGCAACUUUUUUCACUCUUGAAUUUACAAACAUGAAAGAUCAGUAAACCUUUUUACUUGACAAGCAUACCAAACACGAGGUUCACGAAUAACACUAAUAAGAAUGUAGAUGUUCAGAUGUUGAGGAAUCAAAACAUUUUAAUCCCUUCUUUAAUUUAACUGGGUAAAUAUAAGUAUUGUUGAAAACAAAAAGUUGAGAUAAAAUCCAGAAAUUGAUCAAAAAGGAAAUCCGACCAAAAAUUUGACUCGGUGAUGUCUAAAUAAAGUGUACGCUUCAAUCCAUAGGCCUGAUAAUCUCUUUAACUGGAUAGUAUUUCUGUUGGCCAUGGCUCAAGUCUCAAACCAAUGAAGUAGAGUUACUAUUUGAAGAACUGUGAUUGUAAUAACUAAUUUAAAGUACUUUUUAAACUAUUAAUUAAAGUCCAGUUGCAGGUUUUUUACUAUGUAGAAGAGUUUGAAUCAGGAUUCCUUUUUGGAAGCAGUUUUUGUUACUAAAUUAAAAGUUUGAUCAAUGCUUGCUGACAGGAUCCAGUGUUGACGUUACAUCAUAUGACCAGUCUGUUGAUUGUUAGCAAAUCAAUUUCAGCCCAGUCACGUAUGCAAGAACCAACCUUAGAGCAGAUACUUUGAAGCUUUGUGCUCUCAGUCAGCCUCCUCUCAUCUUUCCUGGAGCACAUCACAGGAUCUGUGCGGUUAAGUUUCUCAGUACCAGCACUGACCACAGUCAGGUCCACAGCCACAUCCCUGCUCUAUUCAUUCACUUUAUGAUGUACAUACUGUACUCCCACCCAGUGGAGUGUCUCUUUGAAAAGGUUCCUUUCUACAACAAGGCAUGUCAAAUGGAUGGAAAAUUUUAUUUUUUCACUAAGGUCUGCAGCUCGGCAUGUGCCAUCACAUGCUCCUGUGAGCUCCCCUCUCCGCAGUGCUUCUAGGUUGUGUAGUGAUGCUCCUUCUGACUGGGUCUGUCUUUGUCUCUCUUUGUGCGCUGCCUAAAGACAAAAUGACAAACGGUGAUACGAGCCCUGAUGAGAAGAAGCAGGAGACAGAGAAGGAGAGGGCUCUUGAGGACGCCUCAGUAGGAGAAAAUCACAGGUAUUAUACAAUAUCAACACAUCUGGUGAUUACUGUGACUGAUCAAGUUUGAUCUAGUACACUUAAGUAGCCUUCGAGCACUGGUUUAAGGUUAUCAUUCCUGUUGUUUUAGAUCUGUGGUGAGCUGUACAUUUUAGAUUACAACUAUAGAUGAAGUCCUUAAGAUAAAAUAAGACUAAGAAAAAAAAACACAUCUUUGGACCAGUUUUUGUUGUUGACAAAAUCAGCCCCCUAAGACUGAUUAAGACCCUUUUUUUUAUUCCCUGGAAACAUUACACAACAGAGGUGUUUCAAAUACAUUAUAUAAGCUUUAUCAAAAUAUACGCCCCAAGCUUCUCCCUAAAGAUCUAAAUCUUUUUACACUGAGGGCUCUUUUAUUUCUUGAUAACGAUCUUCUUUCCAGGCAUUUUCCCCCCCAAAUUUUUUGGUCAUUUUGACAUUUGGAAAAUGUCCAAGGAGUCAGGUCAGGACAUCGACAUUGUCUGGAGUUGUUUGUUCGUACAUGUAGCAUGUUUAUUCUGAACACCUUUUCACCUGUUGAAAUAACUUGGUGUAAGGGGAGAGGGACUAAAACAUGCUGUAGGAGGAGGAAGCAUACAGAACAUAGAGAUAUUUUUUGGUUAUCAGUAAUUUAUGAAGAUGUAUGAUUCCAUGGUAUUGAUCAGUUUUAUUCUUCAGUGGGUUGCGCGAGGUUGUUGCUAGUCUGCCAAGGGUCCUCGCAAACAAAUACAAGUAAAAACAACAAAAAAUGAAGAGACCAGAUAAGAGGUAGAGUAGAUGCAGAGUAGAGGGUUUAAAACAUGCAAGUAGAAAAGGGUAAGAGGAAACUGCACCCUUUGCUACGUCAUCAGCGCACCCUUUCACUCUCAUGGGAUUCCCCAGACAAUGACCAGCUCUGUUCACGCAAAUGGACAUGACAUAGAAAUUGCAGCUGAGAGGGUCUGAUCGGAAAUUUGCAUUCUCGCAUACAGCUCCUCUGGCUAACGUCAGGAUAAUUUCAGGGUGGCAGAGCAUGUGGGAAAGGGAUAACAGAUGAUGACAGCAGAUAACAGACAUGAAAGACAUUGGGGGGGUUAAUACAUGUUUUGUGUUUAUCAUGUUUUUUGGACAGCUAACAACUAUUUUCCUCUCUUCUUGUGUGUAGCGCCCCAAAGGCCCAGGAAGAGUCCACUUAAGUUCUUUUCUUCACAUCUUACACAGAAGUCAUUUGCUGCUCUACUUAAGUCCACACUGGGAGCUCUAACCUCGUCCCGUCUGACGAGUCAUGACUGAUCAGUGGUUUCCAUUUAAACUGUUUCUGCCUGUAUCGCUGUUCAAGGUGAAGACUUUUCUUAUUUAGCUAAUAUCUACCUUUUUGACACCUUAUGUCACGUAUAGCCUUUCUGACGUUGAAUUUGAGUCAUGUCUGUGUAGUGAGUAGGAAUCUGUACUUACUGAGCAUGCUCAGACACUGUUAGCGCCACUCAGUUUUCAUUUGCGGUAGAUGGUUUUAACCGUAGACGAUCACUGCAUACUCAUGUUAGUGUUUUUGUUAAAGAGGAUCAACAGAUUUUGAAGUAAAGAAGUUUAGUUCUAGUUAAGUGCACCGUUACCAUAUCUAGUAAUACUGGCUGUAUCAACGUGUUACAUUUACUUCUAAUGCACAGACAUAAUUCUCAAGUUUGCCAAAGUUAUUCCUGUUAUUAUCCAUGUUUAAGCGUCUGUUUUUAAAGUUGUUUUUUGUUUUUAACAUAGAUGUAAAUAAGAGUAUUUUUGUGCCUGUCUGAUGAUUGUAUUCACACUCGUUUAAUAAAGUAGUAUGAUUAGGAUUAUUACCUCUGUGCUUUGAUAGACUUCCUGUUUUAUUUGUGAUGGUUGUCAUGUCACCACUGCAGCUUCUGUUCAAAUGCCGAAGCUGCAGAUAUGUGGUCAGACUAGAUUUACAUCAAUAAGGACCUGAUUUACUUGAGAGCAUGUUAUUAUGAAUCGAACAUCGCCGCAGACUUGAAUUCAAACGGGUCACCUUCAUGUUAGACCACUGUAUUUCUGUUCGUACUGUUGUUGCUGGUUUUAAGUCAGGGAGGCUCCUGACAACAAAUCCAACACCAUUGUUCAUUCCCUGAAUAAAAACUAAUGACUGACUGAAUCUUGUCUUUUGACCUCUUAAUAAAAGCAGCAGCUCUGAA